GGCCGCUGAGACAGCGCGUGUUACUAGGAAGAGCUGCAAAAAGGAGACGAAGAAGAAGAACAGGAAACAGACCUUCUAGAGCCGCGCCCCUUGACGCCAAACGAAGCCUUCUAGAGGCCACUCAUCGCCCUAGGCGAGUCUUGCACCACGAAUCCUUCAGCGACCUGCCCUUUCUUCGUGCCGGAUGUCGCCUCUGUCAAAUGCAUUCAUGAUCAUAGCAUCAGCCGCUAUUAGCACUCGGGCGUCAUUCUUGGCCGACGAGGUGCUCGAAAAUUUGAACGUGAAGUUGCCGCAGUACCAUCUACAGGUCACGCAAAGCUCGUGCUCCUUGGCCAACACCUGCAACAUGACCUGCGCUGCUCUAGUCGCCCACGACGCCACCUUCGCGUGGUACCUCAACGGAGAGCACCAAGCACCCCACGCGCCCGGCGGCUCCGUAGGCAGGAACACUAUCCAGAAUUCUGGCCGCAUAGAACUGAGCAGCGACAUCAGCUUCGUGUACAGCACCCUUGUCAUUCUGGAAAAGGCCGGCGUAACCAAAAGCACCGAUAGCAUUGAGUGCCACGUCAUGCUCUUGGACGAGAACUGGAGCACCGUGAGCACGGUGAAGUUGAAGGGAGACGUGGUAACUCGUGCCAGACGGUUACACGCGCCUCUCGGAUCCGACUGCUUGGACCGUAGUAAAUGCGUGGGCCGGCACGUGACCUGCCAACACAAUGUUGACAGACACGAGUGCCACUGCAACGGGAGCCAGUUCGUGAAGCUCGAGCAACUACAGGCCUGCCUGCGCAGCAAGAAGCACGGACAGCGAUGCCUCUUUGAGGAGCAGUGCAGAAGCAGCACGCAGAAAUGCGACGAGCAGAGCCACGAGUGCGUCUGUUCGGAGACGUACCACUUGCGAGCCAACUCCUGCUCUCAGCUGUCAAGACUGCACGGCCUCUGCGACAAGUACAGGCUCUGCCCGGAUGGUAGCUGGUGCGCCGACAACAUCUGCUCGUGCAAAUCGGGCUACUACGAGUGGAACGGCGAGUGCGAGGCGGGAUUACUCUCCGAGGAACGGGGCCGCUCGGCGAUGAUCGCGCUGCUCAUGGGAUCCUCGGUGAUAUUCGCGCUGGUGCUAAUCAUGAUGGGCUACUAUUUUCACAAGCAUUCGUACAAUCCUUCAAGCAUGUUCGACCGUGCUGGAAGCACGUGGGACCCGGCCACCACCACCAAGAGCCGCACAAAUGUCCUCAAGCACAGAGCUAAGAGCUCCGUGGCCGUCGACCCUGCGAUGCCGGUUGAACUGCCGAUCGUCCCACCCCCCUAGCAACCGCUAACGAUCGUUCCCGCUACGUUAUGCCACGUUAAAAAAAAAUCUAACUUCUUUUGGAACGCAUAUCCACGUAAAAAGUAAAUCACGUUUGGAAUAAAGGCGAUCUGUCUGUGUC